AUGGCCCCAGUCUUCCCAUUCAGGUACACCAUUUACGGUGCAGGCUUCAGCGCCGCCCAUGAUCCCAGCUUCCCCAUCAGCGACAGACCAGACGGACGAAUGGCGUUUCUCAAUCCGGUUCAACGCAUGAGGUUCAAGCUCGACCGCAAGAAAGUAGCCCAAUUAAACGGACGUCCUUUUUUGGUCCAGUGGUUUCUGCCCAUUACGAGAUGGGGAAAGACGCUGAAGAAUACCAUCGAAGACGACUUGAGGAAUCUUGUACAUCCCGGGCGGCUCCUCCAUCUCUCACUUUAUUCGAUAUCCAGACGUACGAUAGAGCAUCCCCAAAGCGAUAUCGUAAUCGUUGCGCAAGUUGCGACUGAGGAAGCCCGCCCGAACCAUUCACAACUUCGCAGCCAGGUGUACCCCGAGAUCCUAAGGCUUCUCUCGAGUCCCGAGGUCGGCAGGCCUAAAAUCGGAUGUUACGUGGAAUACGCUGUCGACCCUCGUCGGUUGCUCAACCCGUUGGGAAUUUUGCCCCCGCAGGAGCCCAGAAAAGAUCUGACGCGGACUCCCGACCUUUCCAGUUCGGGCUCAUCAUCAUCGAGUAAUUCGAGCCCGUCGUGCUCCAUCACCGCUCCUCUCGACUCUGAUGGUCCGCAGCCUCCCGGGGAUGAGGACGAAAAAGCAAAAGAGGAGGCGGAUCUCUUUUCCGAGUUCUUCGACAUUGAUGCAUAUUAUGGUACGAACAGCCCAGGAGACCCGAGUACCGAGAGCUAG